AUGUCUUCUACAACUGAUAAACAAAUACCCCAAUCGGUGCAGGCGACUAAUGACAAGCAACGGAAAUAUGGGGCAUUCCAAAAUGAAGUAUACCGAGCUGGCAUGUUUCACAAUCGCCUCCCCGUAGUCACCACUGAUCCAAAUAAGCUUGAGGAGCAAGCAAAAUCCAUACUGAAACCAACAGCCUUUAAUUAUGUCGCUGGGGGUGCCGGGGAAAGAGCAACUAUGGAUGCCAAUAGAUUGGCUUUUCGGCAAUGGAAACUGGUUCCGAGGAUGCUCCGAGCAACAUCCCAGCGAGAUUUAAGCGUAGAGCUAUUUGGGGAGACAUAUGAAACCCCGGUCCUUAUGGCUCCGGUGGGCGUCCAAUCAAUCUUCCACGAGGAUGCAGAAACCGGAUUGUCAGAAGUGUGCGCCGAGAUUGGCGUUCCAUAUAUCCUCAGCACAGCGUCCACCUCAUCCAUUGAAGAAGUAGCCAAAACAAGUGGCAACGGGCCACGCUGGUUCCAGCUGUAUUGGCCUCAGACGGACGCAUAUACAAUCUCCCUCCUCAACCGAGCCCGGGACAGCGGCUUCAAAGUACUGGUUGUUACUUUGGAUACGUGGGCGCUGGCGUGGAGACCUGCAGACCUGGAUCAUGCUUAUGUGCCGUUCUUCAAGGGCAUUGGGAACAAGAUUGGAUGGGGAGACCCGGUAUUCAGAGAGCAUUUCCAGAAGAAAUAUGGAGCUACCCCUGAAGAGAAAAUCGUAGAAGCCUCGCAGGAAUGGAUUGGGGAUGUGUUUUCUGGUGCUGCUCAUACCUGGGAAGAUAUUGCAUUGCUGAAGAAACAUUGGGGUGGCCCGAUUGUGUUGAAAGGAAUACAACAUCCAGAUGAUGCACGGCUGGCCGUGGAACAUGGUGUGGAUGGCAUAAUUGUCUCGAAUCACGGAGGACGACAACUCGACGGCGCAGUUGGAUCCUUAGAGAUGCUCCCUGAGAUUGUUGAGGCGGUUGGAGACAAGUUGACUGUCCUCUUCGACAGCGGUAUCCGGACCGGAGUCGACAUCAUCAAAGCUCUGUCCCUGGGCGCGAAGGCUGUUUUGGUAGGAAGACCUGCAAUUUACGGCCUGGCUGUUGGAGGAAAGCAAGGAGCAAAGCAAGUCUUGCAAGGCAUCUUGGCUGACCUCGACCAGUCGAUGGGACUUUCCGGAAUUGCGAAUGUUGACGGGUGCAAUAUGUCUAUGGUUCGAAGGUGCCAGUAUGCCGGGGAUGUCAAAUCAUCUAAUUGA